AUACCUCUACAUCACUGAGCAUUUUGUCUUUUAAAAAUAUUCUGACCAAAACCCACCCCUCUCUCCCACCCCAAACCCCUCUCUCCACAUGCACUUCCGACCGCCGUUCCUCUUCUCCGAUUUAUUCUCUCUUCCACGUUCCUCACUCUCUCUGGCCGGUGUCUCCCUCAACCUCUAUCACCGGCCAUCAUCGCCACCGUUCGUCCAUACCUUCCUUCGUCAUCAUCAAUUUUUGUUCAGAUCUAAAACGCGAAGGUCACCAGUGGUUUAGCGCGAGACGGAGGCGUUCAGAUUGCGUUUGAAACUAUCACCGAUUAGAGAGUAACAGUGGCGCGAGAGAAACAUAGGCGAGGAAGAAGAGGGAGAGGAUGGCAGACAGAAGAGAGAGAGAGAUCUGGAAGGAGAGGUUGAUAUGGUGUGGUGAUGGUGGUGGUCGGUGGGCGUGGCGGCGUCGGCUAGGGAGGGUGGAUGGUUUGAGAAAAUAGAGUGAAGAGAAAGUGAGGGUGAAGGGAGAGAGAAUUUUAAGGGUAUGUUUGGACAAAAUUGCCCUCCAUUCGUAAUUUUUUUUGGUCAACAUCACAUUUAUCAUGAAUCACGAACAACAAUUGAUGACAGGAUCUUGCACCAACUGUGGGCUUCCAAACCAUUCUGAAAAAUCUUGUUUUGAAAGACCCCAGAGAGUCCCUGCAAGGUUUCGCCAGAACCUUGUUCCAGAACCGAUUGCAAGAGAACUUGUUCCUGCAUCUGAUGGAUGGGACAGAUAUUUGUUGAAGAAAAAGGAAGACAAAGAUAGCACAGGAGGAUUCAGAAGCUUACGCCUUCGAGGAGAUAUCCCCGAAUAUCUUCUAAAAAAAGUCUCAAAAGACUCCGACGAUACGACUGAUCUGACAACACAUUUUGAUCCUCGCACCCGGUUUAAUUAUAGGGAAAAAAUGUCAUCGGCAGACAAAUAUUUUAAUGCUGGAAGUCAACUCCAAAUGAGUUCUUGGGUGGAUAGAGAGGACAUUGUUCGAGGUCCUGCUGGGUCAUCUGUACCUCAUGUAGCAAAUGAGGAUACAUAUGCUAGAUCGAUUCAUGUCGGUAAUGUUCACUAUGCAUGCACACCUAAGGAAGUUCAACAGCAUUUUCAGUCCUGUGGUACUGUCAACAGAGUCAAAAUAUUGACAGACAAAUUUGGUCGACCGGAAGGAUUUGCUUGUGUAGAAUUUGUUGAAGCUGAUGCUGUUCAGAAUGCUCUCGGUUUAAAUGGAUCUGAAUUACAUGGCCGACUGCUGAAUGUGUCUUCAAAAUGCACUCAUGUUCCUGAAUUGAAGCAGUACAGAAGAAGGCAUGCUGGUUUCCGUGGCAGGAGGCCUGUCCGGUCUUCACCAUACUUUCCGCCAAAUGCUUACAGAAGGGUUCCGAGAUAUAGAAGACCCACUCGAUACCAGCCAUACUAGUUCUUAUUCUUCAAAUGCCCUUCAAUGAGUCCUUGGUUCUGGAGGUUUACCUGUGCAGUGAAAAUUCUCUAUAGUUUACUGUUUUCAGAAAUUAAUUUUGGUGAUCGAUUUGGAUAUGUGCUGCUGGUGGCGUUUAGCCUGGCACAGUUAACUUCUUUCCCAUAAAGUUGAAAUUUUCCUGGCAGAUGCCGGUAUAACCGGUUGUUCCAAAUCAUAUUAAAUUUAUAUUUAAUUAUUAUAAUAUCAAGAAAGAAUUGCCUUUUUACACCUCCCAUUCCACACACCAAAACAUCCACUCCUCUCUCAUUUACUCAGCUUUAUCCCCUUUUUUCAUAUGCAGGAAGAAACAAAG